AUGUCUAAUAUUCCCAACAUCCAACAAGCAGCUGUGGUGCAAAACCCGGGUCCUAAUCCCACCAUCCUUCUCCGCGAUAACAUCGCAGUUGGAGAGCCCGUUCGUGCGCUAUUAAAAUAUGGCGUAUAUAACCCGAUUAUCGGCCACGAAGGCGUAGGAAUUGUGGUCAAGUCCGGAUCCAAUGUUUCAUUAUCUCUGCUGAAUAAACGAGUGGGAGUCAAAUGGCUGUAUAAUGCCUGCAACCAGUGCUCAGUCUGUCAGCGAGGUUUUGUACACAACUGUCCCAAGCAGCUUAAUACGAGCCGGCAUGUUCCCGGCACAUUACAGCAAUAUGCGCUUGCCGACGCGAGAUUUCUCACCCGAAUCCCUGACGGACUUGCAGACGAGAUUGCAGCUCCACUACUCUGCGCCGGUCUCACAAUGGCAGGCGCACUGUCGCAACUAGACAAGGAAUUACAAGCUGGGGAUUGGGUUGUGAUCUCUGGAUCCGGCGGUGGACUGGGCCAUGUGGGAGUACAGAUUGCAUCUCGGGUGCAAAAGUUUCGAGUGAUUGGCAUCGAUACCGGCGACGACAAACGAAAAAUCAGCUUUGAAUCCGGUGUGACAGCAUUUAUCGAUUUCCGUACAGAAGAUGUCGCAGCGCGGGUGUUGCAAUUGACUGGAGAGGGAGCUCAUGCAACCGUUGUUGUGCCGGGCAAGAAAGAAGCAUUUCGAACUGCUCCGUCGGUCGUUCGGAACAUGGGGCAUAUCAUCCUAGUUGGUUUACCAGAGAAUACAUUUGAGCUUCCCAUUUCUGCAUCGGUUUGUUCUGCACGAGGUGAGUGGUUGCGCUUGUCAUUUUCAAGACUAUACUAA